CAAUUCCUUGCUGAACUUCUCGGAACUCAAAGCGACACACAGAAGCUAAUUUUAUCUUCGAAACACACUUUUCUUGACAGAAGACUCCAUAACGAUGUGUGGCAUUUUUGCUUACCUGAACUACAGAGUGCCCCGUACAAGGAAGGAGAUUUUUACAACGCUAGUAAAAGGAUUGCAGAGGUUGGAGUACAGAGGUUACGACUCUGCAGGUAUUGCAGUGGAUGCAACUGGAGAACACAACAAAAAUGGCAUCUGUCUCCUUAAGAAGAAGGGCAAAGUAAAGGCACUUGAUGAGGAGAUCUACAAAAAUGACUCGGUUGAUUUGGACGUGGAGCUCGACACACACUUCGGCAUUGCACACACUCGCUGGGCAACACACGGAGAGCCCAGUGCUGUCAACAGCCACCCUCACCGUUCUGACAAGAACAAUGAAUUCGUAGUGAUCCACAAUGGUAUCAUCACUAACUAUAAGGAACUGAAGAAAUAUCUGAUUUCCAAAGGCUAUGAGUUUGAGUCAGAAACUGACACAGAGGUCAUCCCCAAGCUGAUUAAGUAUUUUUAUGACAACCGUGAGUGUGAUCUGGUGUCCUUCUCCAACCUGGUGGAGUGUGUCAUCCAACAGCUGGAGGGGUCUUUUGCUCUAGUGUUCAAAAGUAGUCACUUCCCAGGAGAGGCGAUUGCCACCAGGAGAGGAAGUCCAUUGCUGAUUGGUGUGCGAAGCCAGUACGAGCUCUCCACAGAUCAGAUCAACAUUCAGUACAAGAGUGUUGAUUAUAAACAAGAUGUUCAGGAGCGGAACUUAAUUAACGGGAUGGAUAGCAACAAUGCCUUGCACUCGGUACAUGACAGGAUGGCUGUGGAGUUCUAUUUUGCCUCAGACGCCAGUGCAAUCAUUGAGCACACCAAUAAGGUGAUUUACCUGGAAGAUGAUGACAUAGCAGCCGUAGCAAUGGGAAAGCUGUCCCUGCACCGCAUGCUCCGCACUGCUGGAGAAGACUCUGUUCGAGUCAUCCAGACCCUACAGAUGGAGCUGCAGCAGAUUAUGAAAGGUAACUUCAAGGCCUUCAUGCAGAAGGAGAUUUUCGAGCAGCCUGAGUCUGUCUUUAAUACCAUGAGAGGCCGAAUCUGCUUUGACACCAACGAAGUGGUGCUUGGUGGCUUGAAUGAUCAUCUAAAGGAGAUCAAGAGAUGCCGGCGGCUCAUCAUAAUCGGCUGUGGAACAAGCUUCCAUGCUGGAAUUGCAACGCGGCAGAUCCUGGAGGAACUGACAGAGCUGCCUGUCAUGGUGGAGCUGGCCAGCGACUUCCUGGACCGAACGACUCCAGUCUAUAGAGAUGAUGUCUGCUUCUUCAUCAGUCAGUCAGGUGAAACAGCUGACACCCUGAUGGCCCUGCGCUACUGUAAGCAAAAUGGUGCUCUCACUGUUGGUGUCACUAACACAGUGGGAAGCUCUAUUUCCAGAGAGACAGACUGUGGAGUCCACAUCAAUGCUGGGCCUGAGAUUGGUGUGGCCAGCACCAAGGCCUACACCAGUCAAUUUGUGUCUCUGAUCAUGUUUGGGCUGAUGAUGAGUGAAGACCGACUCUCACUGCAAAAGAGGAGGCUGAAGAUCAUUGAAGGCCUGCAACGUCUUCCAGACAUGAUUAAAGAGGUUCUAGCAAUGGACGAGCAAAUCAAGUCCAUAGCCGAGGAGCUUCAUCACCAGAAGUCUCUGUUGGUUAUGGGCCGUGGCUACAACUACGCAACCUGCCUGGAGGGGGCACUGAAAAUUAAGGAGAUCACAUACAUGCACUCAGAGGGUAUUCUGGCUGGUGAGCUGAAACAUGGUCCGUUGGCUCUGAUUGACUACCACAUGCCUGUCAUUUUGGUGAUCAUGAGAGAUGCCUGCUACACCAAGUGCCACAACGCCCUGCAGCAAGUCACAGCAAGACAGGGUCGUCCCAUCAUACUGUGCUGCAAGGAUGAUCCAGAGAUUAGUAAGCAAGGAUACAAGACGAUUGAGCUGCCCCACACAGUAGACUGCCUGCAGGGUAUCCUGUGUGUCAUCCCCCUACAGCUCUUGUCCUUCCACCUGGCUGUUCUCAGAGGAUAUGAUGUGGACUUUCCGAGGAACCUGGCCAAAUCUGUGACAGUGGAGUAACCCAUUAAAGCAACUUGAAUGUUCUAGUAGCAUAGCCUUGGAGAACACUACCAUCAUAGUGCAAUUAUGAGUGUGCGUGUUUACGUGUGAGUGUUUGAGCGUUUAAGUAUUUAUGAAUUUUAUCACCACAACCAAUGUGAGUACAGGAGGUUUUAUGAGGUACCAUAAUCAGAUCAGUUUUUUUUCCAUAAGUGCCUAAUGUCUUACUAUGCUAUUACAAUUGAAGGGAACACUAAACUGUGCCUUAAAACCUCACUGCCUCCACUCUCCAAAGGAUUACAGUGAGGUAGAAUGUUUACUUUUUAUACCAAAGUGCAAUAAUUAUAAAAUCAUUAACCCAUAAGAAUUCUAUGGCAUUUAGUAGGUAAAGUAUUGUUAUGAAAAGUGAAAGUUGACCUUUAAUUAAAGCACAGAAAAAAAAAUAAAAAAAAAUAAAAGUAAUCUAAUUUUGCAUGUAUUUUUAGUGUAAUAAAACAAAUUAUGUUUUUUAUUACUUAUUUUCAUAGACUUUACUGGGAGAUGCUUUUAUAAGGGUAUAUUGUCAGAUUUAUUACUUUCACUGUUCGUUGAGGCAUUCUGAAUAUGCGCCACUGUGUUUUAUGUACAUUCCAUAUUUUUGGUAAUAUUUCUUUAAUCUAUUUAUGUUGUGUAGAAAUAGGUAACUUAUUUCAUGCUUGCUGGCCGGGACUCCUGGUUGGUUUGCGUAAUUUCUAUAUUCUGUUUCUAUGUCUAUAUUCAUUUCAGAAAUGAAAACUGAUUUUAAUAUGUAUGGGUUUUUAUGUUUUAGGGGAUGAUGGUUAAAAUGUUGUGCAUAUAAAGACCAUUAGUAUGCAUAUAUUUUUAUUUACUACCAAACUGUGAUCAGAAAAAAAGAAU